AUGAUGCGUACGGUAGCUAUCACAGUUGUACUGAGGCUCACCAAUCUAGUCUUCAUGUUCGCCCUCCCUCCCUCUCGCUAUCUUUUCCGACUUCCUUUCCAACUCUGUACCACCAGCGCCAUUUUCUUUGUCUUUUCUUUCUUUCUUUUCUUUCUUUCUUUCUUUCUUUCUUUCUUUACAGUUGUUUGCUUCUUCCUUUUUCUCAUUUCUUUCUUUUUCUUUCUUUCUUUACAGUUGUUUCCUUCCUUUUUUCAUUUCUUUCUUUCUUCUUCAUUCUUUUUUGGCAGUUGUUUCAUUCCUUCUUUUUCACAUUUUUUCUUUCUUUCUUUCUUCCAUUCUUUUUUUCUUUUUGACAGUUUUAUUUUUUUUCGUUCUUUUUCGCAUUUCUUUCUUUUUCUUUCUUUCUUUCUUUCUUUCUUUCUUGACAGUUGCUCAUUCCGUCCUUUACAUAUUUAUUCUUUUUUUCCUUCUUAUCAGUUGUUUCAUCUCUUCUUUUCACAUUUUUCCUUUCAUUCUUUCUUCUUUCUUUCUUUCUUUCUUUCUUUCUUUCUUUCUUUCAUUCUUUACUUAACUGUUGUUUCAUUCCUUCUUUUUCACUUUUCUUUCUUUAUUUAUUUCUUGAUAGCUAUUUCCUUCCGUCUUUUCUGCAUUUCUUCCUACAUUUCUUUCUCGACAGUUGCUAAUUCCUUCUUAUUAACAGUUUUUCUUUCGUUCUUUCUUUACAGUUGUUUCCUUCCUCCUUUUCGCCAUUCUUUUUUUCUUUCUUUCUUGAAAGGUUCUUUUUUAAUUUCUUUUCCCCCCGUUCUAUGUCUAUUUUCCGUACUUUCUUUCUUUCGGGUUUUUUUUUUCUAUAUUUCUUUCUUUUUGAAAGUUGUUUACUUAAUUCGGUUUCUACUGUCUUUCUUACUUUCUUUCUUUUUCGCCAGGAGUUUAUUUCUUAUUUCUUUAAGUGACGAUCUUUCUUUCUUUCUUUAUCUCUACCAAUCCCUCCCCCUCUCAUCUCUCUCUCUCUCUCUCUCUCUUCCCUACCCCAUUCUUCUGCACUUAGGUUGCUAUUUAUCUCCUGUCAAAUAG